CCGUGCGGCUGGGGGCGGGGCUGUAGUGGAGAGGGCAGGGCGUGAGAUAUCAUGGAGGAUCAGUAGGCAAACUGUGGCCAUCAGUGGAGGGUAACCAUAGCCCCAACUCCGGGAGUUUUUGCAACUGGUCAUCCUUUGAAUCUUUGGUUUCACACCGUAUAUUUCAACAUGGACAUGAAAAAGAGGAUCACACUAGAGCUGCGGAACCGAAGCCCAGCGGAGAUCGUGGAGCUGGUGUUGGACAACAGUCGCUCGGCUGACGGGGAGGUGGAGGGACUGACGGAUGAGUUCACAGAGCUGGAGUUUCUCAGUAUGGUCAAUGUGGGUCUGAGCUCACUGACCAAGCUGCCCCCCCUGCCCAAACUGCGUAAGUUGGAGCUGAGCGACAACAACCUAUCGGGCUCUCUGGAGACUCUAGCAGAGAAGUGCCCCAACCUGACUUACCUCAACCUGAGCGGGAACAAGAUCAAGGAGCUGAGUACCCUGGAGGCGCUGCAAAACCUGAAGAGUCUGCAGAGUCUGGACCUGUUCAACUGCGAGAUCACGUCCCUGGAGGACUACAGGGAGAGCGUGUUCGAGCUGCUGCCUCAGGUCACCUACCUGGACGGCUUCGACCAGGAGGACAACGAGGCCCCGGACUCUGAGGCCGACGAUGAGGACGAUGAAGGCGAGGAGGGGGCGGGGCCGACUGGCGAGUACGACGACGAGGAGGAUGAAGAGGACGAUGAGGAUGGAUCAGAGGGAGGAGAGGUGGGGUUGAGCUUUCAGGUGAACCAGGGCAAUCAGGAGGAGUACAACGAGGAGGAUGACGAUGCCGAGGAAGAAGACGAUCAGGCUGGCGCUCCGGGACAGAAGAGGAAGAGGGAGGUGGAGGACGAAGGCGAGGAGGACGACGACGAAGAAGACUAGUCCCCCCCCCGGUCUCUGCCAUCCGUGUGUUGUCCUGUGCCGUCUUUGUCCGUCUCAGUCCCCCUUCGGACCCCAAACCUCCACCCGACAGCCGCCACCGCGGCGCUGCGUCCCGCUGUAGUCGGUCUUCUGUUUGAAAUAGAAUCACUCGUUUAUUUUUAGAUAAUAUAUAAGAUUUACAGAGAAAAGAUUUUAUCUGAACUUGAAACCUGUUGGAUCCAGCCGAAGAAUCCACGCUCUUUUUCCCUUUAAGCUCGAUGCAGGAUCCCGUUUUCUGUCCGUCCAGUGAGUCUCCGCCCUCCGACCUCCUCCGCCGCUCCUUCACGCCUGUCGCUGGACGGCAGAAGUUUGCGUCGUCCUCCGGCUGCCGCAGACCUCCAAGCGCAGAAAACCUUCCACCAAAGAGUGAGUUCCCUCCACGACUCUUCUCCUCACCUUCCUGAAGGGGUUCCCUCCAAAUGUCGCUGGCCCAGAAAGGGGUCGCAGCUCUGCAGAGCCUGUCGGAAUCGUCGGUCAGAUCCGGUUUGAACGUCACGUCUGCAGGAACCUCCUCUGCUGUAGACCAGUGGUUUCCAUCCUCUGUGCUGCGGACCGGAACCGGCCUGUGGGACAGUCGGUACCGGGUCGCUUAAUUUCUAAUCUGAUUCUGAAGGAAGUUUUAUUUUGAAAAACUACUGGAUUCCUGUUAUAUGAUGUUGCUCGUGUCGAAAAUCUGCUACAUUCUUAUAGUUGAAGCCCCCAAGUUAACGCACACAAAAAAAAAAAAAAAAAUUUGGAAAGUUUCUUCACACAGAAAAGACUUCAAGAUAAAAGAAGGCUGCAUUUAACUGUUUAAAGCAACUGCAAAUAUUCUACUGAGGAUGGGAAAAAAAAAAACUUAUCCUCAGAAGUGAAGGGAAACGUUAAACUGGUCUGUUGCAGUUGACUCCCCCGAUACAAACCGCAGGUUCCAGAUCAGCAGACAGAAAUCAGAGUAAAAGCCUCAAAAAGAAACAUCCAAGUCUGCAACUUCCUCUUGUUUUAUUUUGAAAGUCUGUUGCACGUUAGAGCAGGAAGAAGCAGCAGGAGCUUCAGGGUCACCGCUCCUUCCUUUGCAACGUUGACCUCCGAACAGGACGAAACGCGACCAGAGAAACCAUGGCAACCGUAUCCCCCUCCCUCCCCCCAGCAUCAUGACAUCACAAGUCAGGGAAAUCAUGAUUUUCAGUGGAAGAUUGUUUGGACUUGGGCUGCACCCGUUUCCCGCUCAAAACACGCGGACCGUAAGCAUCUCAGGUCCACCAAGGAAAUCCUCAUGGUGACGUUGUUCCAGCGUGUGUGUGUGUGUGUGACGUAGCGUAGGGCUUUUAUUUGUGGUUUUUUUGGGAACAGGUCCUCUUUCUUCUUUGUUUUUUGUGGAGUUUCUUCUUUUUGUUUAUUUUUAAUUAAUUUGUUUACCGAUUAGCAGCCGUUGAAUUUGAUUAUCUUUUUGUUUUGUAGUAAAGUUGAUGAGUGUCUCCCUGUUUUCACCGUCAUCCCGGCCAAAACCUUUUGCUUCUUUUGCCGUCCCGCUGUUCAGUCCAAUGUAAAGCUAAUUAACUUUUGCAAUAAUCAGGCUUUUCUUUUUGUUUCUUGGCUUUGAACAAAGUCAUUUUUUACUAAAAAUUUUCGAAAUUCGGUAAAUAAAAAAAGUUUCAAACCUGUUUUACUAUCAAAAUAUUCCAGGAUUUUGCAGAUCAGAAAAAAACAUUUUGGAUUAUUUUACUCGCCUGAGCUCCUGUGUGUCAGUAAUAUUUUACACUCAGCUGUCCAUAAAGAUCAAAUAGAUGAACGUUAUUUGUGUUCAGCACAAUUCUCCUUCAUUUCUGUGCUUCUUACCCCCCUUAUCCACAUAAGUAGAGGGAGGAAACACGUUUAUCCUGUUUUUUCCUCCUACCUUUAAACGCAGCACACCCGUUUAGUACAGGUGUUGACUCCAGAGUCAAAGCUCUGCAGAUCUCUCUCUUGCGAGCGCUUUUAUUUAACUGCUGUAAUUUUCUGCACCCUUACAAAAUUUAGAAAAUGUUUUUUUUAUAGCUAGGUUUUAAAAGCCACUGGACUUUCACAUCUGCAGCGGCGCUUCCAGCCUAAACAGUUCAGGUCUGCGGCGGUAAAACGCGUCAAAUCAGGAUUUCCAGUGUAAACUCGGCUGAUCCUGGAUUCCUGAAACAUUUCUUUAAAAACCGCCUUCAGGUUUUCCUGAUUUCUUUAAAGAAAACAUCUGGAAAUAAACCCCAAUUCCAGCACAGGACUGUUAUAAAUACAGGCGCCGUUUUCAAAAAGUUCCAGGUCAGCCGAGGUCAGGGGUCGCUUCAUUAUCAAGGCAAUAUUGUAAAUAGACUCCCAGCUGAGCUUCAGGUGGUUUUUAAUUUAAGUUUUCCUUCAGACAAGCGAGGUGAAAGUCGACACGGCCUCCAACGCCAGAUCCGUGCUCCCCUCAUUGUUCCCAACUCCCCCCAAAAGAUGUGUUUGACUUUUUGUGGUGUAACUAAAACAUGUUUAAGAGGUUUUUAAUAAAAACAUAUUUAAAAGUU